GACCCUGUGGCCUCUGCCAGUCAGAGCUGCGGACUGCUGGAGUGGGUUGGGGAACCGGUGACCUUCCGAAGGGCGGAGACCAUUGCCGGCAAGUACGGCGUGUGGAUGAAGGACCCGCAGCCUGUGCCUCCGUACACCCGUGAGACGACGUGGAGGGUUGACACCGUCGGCACGGAUGUCCGCCAGGUCUUCGAGUACGACAGCGCGGAGCAGUUUGAGAAGGGCCACCCUUCCAAAGUACACGUGCUGGCCAGACCCAUGGAGAGCACCGGAGCGGUGGUCUAUCGGGGCGCGCUCUAUUUUCAGAGGCACAAGUCCAGAACGCUGGUGAAGUACGACCUGCAGGCCGAAGCCGUUGCUGUUCAGAAGGAGCUGCCGAGCGCCGGCUACCACGGACAGUUCCCCUACUCGUGGGGCGGGUAUACGGACAUUGACCUCGCAGUGGACGAGGUGGGGCUGUGGGCGAUCUACAGCACGGCGCUCGCCAGGGGGGCCAUCAUGCUCUCGAAGCUGGAUCCAGAGACGCUGGAGGUGGAGCGGACCUGGGAGACCAACAUCCGCAAGCAGUCGGUGGCCAACGCCUUCAUGAUCUGCGGCUCCUUGUACACCGUCAGCAGCUACUCGUCCCCCGAGGCCACGGUGAAUUACAUCUACCGCACCAGCACGGGGACCAGCGCGCCGCUGAGCCUCCGUUUUGAGAACCGCUAUGGGUACAGCAGCAUGGUGGACUACAACCCAGCAGAGAGGAAGCUCUUCGCUUGGGACAACUUCAACAUGGUUGCCUAUGAUGUCAAGCUUUCCGGUGUGUGAUUUGAUGGGCGAGGCUGGUCCUGGGAAGAUUUUUCAGCCAAGCUGGAGCGGAGCGCCCUGUGGCCAGCCGUUCGGCUCCCUGUGGGCAGUGCAGGACAGAAGUUCUUCUGAGCAACUUCCACUGACAUGAUGGGGAGUUGCGUGGAAAAGCCUCCUGUAGCUUUCAGUGGGACUCGUGCAGGAGAACUUCCCAUGGACUUUGCUUCUGUUUCCAACCCGCUGCCCUUAGAAACAUCCAUUGUUCCAAAUAGUUAUUCGCCUCUUCAUAUCACCACCUUUGCUACCCACGACUGAACCAUGAAGGAAUGCAACAACCAGAAUGACAGUGACUUCAUUCACACAACAUGAUCAGGAACCCUGAGUGGUUCCCAUGGUCUGCAGAUUUAACCAUGAUCUACCUGACAGACAAGCAAAUGAUUUCUAUUUCAUCAUGGUUUUCCUCCUCCCUGCUCAGUCCUCCCACUGUUGGCACAUGUCCCAUCCAUUGCUGCCCCUGAAAUUCAAUCCCAAGGGGCAUCACUUGCUGCCUGUGUCAUCUGCCUCUUCCACGUUGGUUCAUACAUAGAGACUGGAAGGCUGGAGCGGCCUCUGCAGUCACCGCUCUUCCCAGAUACCUCUGUGGUACUUGCACACCAGGACUGUGGAAACCACGAUGGUACGGAGAAACCACAGAACCAAUUGAUGCUCCUCAUCAUGGUUUCUAAAGACCAAACUCUCCAUGGUGAAAUACCAUGAUUGGGUUCAAACGAUAUAACAGACUAACAAUGGCAGAAAACCACCACGCUGCUGUGUCUGGAGCCUCCUUGUGACUCUCAGCAAACCACCACUCAAGCCCCAGAAUGUGCAAGCCAGAAUUCUGCACUGUGUCGCCCACUCAGAGGGCGGCUUCCUUCAUUUCGUUAGAUUACGCAGUGCUGGGAGUAAGAAGGGUGGUGGCCUUGGGCAGCCAUUCCCACGGACUGCUGGCUGCAUUCCAGAUGAUUCGGAAUCAGAAUGCGAAGCAUAUUUCAGUGGGAUUGGUGAGGGUGGGCCAGUUCGUGAUUCUGAGAUUCAGCAUGUGGAGGUGAUUAUCUCAAGGCCGGAUGCUUCGCGGUGCCAGGCAGUUCCUGGGAAUGGCCAAGAUGCACAGCCAGUAGGACAAUCUUUGAGAAGGAGGAAUUCUCGGAUGCAGACGAGCCCCCGCUCUCAGCCCUAUGGAGAGGCAUCAGCAGAGACGGGAGGCCCAACUGAAUGAGCAGUGCAUGGAGAGGAGGCAGCUCGUUUUCAGAGAGCCCCUCCAGCGAGGAUGGGGCCAGGUGUGCUCAUAAGGAGAGUUCCUGGAGGUAACCUCCAGACUGGCUUCAACACACUUCUCUGUGCAUGCUCAGAGCCGCCUUCUGGGUGAUUUGUGCUUGGGAGCAAUAAAGAAAGUUUGCAAGGAAA